AUGAACAAGGUCAAUCCUCUCGAGAAAAUCCGUAUCGGCGAUCCUUCAACGGCGGGCUCCGGGGGUCUCCUGGACUCCGCUUCUGUAGGGGAAGGCGCGCCCGAAUCGAGCUCCUACCGCACCUUGCUGAAGUGUGCAGUAUCAGAUGGGCAAUAUCUGCCCGAGCACCAUGCUGAGCAGCUAGCUGCCAGAUGUCUUCCCGCUGCAGCUGUUUCGAGGGACUCGUUGGAUGAGAUGAUUGUCUGUCCAUUCAAAGAUGAUAUUGCGCUGUGGUAG